CCGUUCGCUUACUCUGUUUCAGUUGCGUUACAACAGCUAUUCAAUGGCGUGAUGUGAUUGGGUUGACACGAAACACGGAAGUAAGUGUCCCAUAUUGGAUUACCUUUGAUUUUUUAAGUGUAUUCAAAACCCAAAACAAGAAAUCACAAGACUCUUCUCUGUUCGCCAUAUGGAUGAAUGAAAAAUGUCUGGGCGACAUACAAACRGUUAUUGAUCGACUUCAUAGAUUCAUGUCGUGUUUGUGAUUAUAAACAAAAGAAGAACAGCCGCAUAUAUUAAUCCUAGUCACAGACGUGACGCUUCGCUAAGUCUUUGUUGUGGUUUGUUGCUUGGCUYGACGAAGCAAGGCCCGGCUUCAGUAAAAUAGCACUCAUUUAAUACACGCUAGCUGGUUGGCUGGAGUUUAGUAGGAGCAAAGCGGAACAUCGCAGCUACUGUCACACAACUGUAAGAGACUGCUGAAUAAGUUGGUGAAUUAUUAAGACAAGAUGGAGAAAAUUAUUUUCCCUUUGGCUAUUGUACUUGGUGUUUUCCAAUUCUUUACAUUCGUGGCUAUAAUGGUAUUAUGGAAAUCAUUCCUUGACCUUAAAAAGAACAUACUAAAAUACAAAGAUAGCCUUCCYAUGGUAAACAUCAGUCCACCGUCGACGCAAAAUAUUUSUCCUCCUGCUUAUCCAGYKGAGACACCYAGCAUUGCCAUAGGCAACACUCAGAAACCGGAAUUCAAUGAAGUCAUCGAAAUGAUGCCAACUCCCGAUCCUGAGCGCCGUCGAAUCCAUUCCUCCACCGUUGCAAUAGAAAAGACACCCAAAAAACAAUUCGAACAAAAGUCACAAACCUUGCCCUUGACGUCAUUUAGUGCGUUAUCACGYGAUUCGGGCAUAGGCUCAAGCUCGGAUAGGAACCAGAGUACUUCAUCCGAAUCCAUGAAGGAARUUGCUAGAAGAUCACGUGAAUUAAGCGURGUCUCCCAAGAAAGGGUCUCUGUACAUGARGAAUCGAGAACCGGAAGUAAUUCAUCGAGCUCGUCACGUGGUUCAAAGACUGUGRCACCACGUMACUAUGGGUUACAAGCCAGUACAUUGCCAGAGGGAAUAGACGACGAUGAUGAAUCKUCUCAUCUUAGUCGAUUGCACACCAUGGCMAUAGAGAUGAUUGAUGUCCAACCCAAAUCGAACGAAARGCGCUACAAAAGAGCAAGUCAAAUCCUAAACGAGAGACUUUCCAUGACCGAAGAAAAAUUYGAGGAUAACGCAUCAUUCGUUAAUCGUGGUUAUUCCRAUGCAAGYCACAGUUCGCAAAGAAGUGUACCGCUGGCAAGUGAGGAGGGCAGUCUCGCUUCUGAUCUACAAAAUGUGUUUGAUGAUAAUAACAAUGGUGAUGAGGAAGAAAAGUACGAAAAUCAAGAARUCGUGGAAAAACAUCGUUUAAGUAUGGAAUUUGAGAGCACUAAAAUAUAAAGAUAUAUUAUAAAGACCCAAGAAUAUCAAAGUAAACCAACCCAGAUGAACUCUUUUAGUCAAAACUAUAAUAUUGAAUGAAAAAAGUAUUUUAAUCUCGAAAAUCCUCCAACUAGAAAAAGAAACUGAAAGAAACAAUGCAUUUUGCAGUUCUGAAGGCAUGACUUAGUAAUUAAAAUGUCGUAGACUUGCGUGCAAUAUCGCAUUUGGGCGCUCCAAAACUAAUGAGGCCGGGGCAAUCUACCAUGAUACUGGGUGAGAAAUGCCAUUAGACGAAAUCUCAACAAGCCGAUGGAGAAAGUUUACUCUAUUUUGAUUUUUUUAUGACAACGUCUUGAAGUUAAGUUGAAGAAGAAUGUCCUAGAAAGCAAAUGGGUCAUAGAGACCGUUAGGCAUCAUUGGAUAGCUAUCCUUUCGAUUUACAUGAGCAAAUCAAAUCAAAUGCUUCCCCUAUGAUAUUGUUUAAUAAUGGAAUAUUCUUUAUACAGAAAAAAACUGAACUCUUGAUAUAAGUAAAGUCAAAAGAAGCAAGGUGCUAUUGCGUGACACGUCGCUUGCGUGACAUUUCCUAGCCGUGACACAUCGCUAAUCAUCCUUAUCAAAAUAUUCAACGGAUAGCGUGAUUCUUCUAUAAGUGUAGCAGCCCAUAUAUGGUGUUGAUUGKGUUGCGCCCGCGACGUCUUGUGGGUUUGAYUGGUACCAGGUCUCGAUCUCGCCAGAACUGCGGUUGACUGCGCAGCUUGGUAAAGACUGCUGGCUUGUCAUCACCGGGGACGCUUGUGGAAUAGGCCUGUAAUAUAAAUACAGUAAAUCGAAAAUCGCUCAACUGGACUUUUUCACAUAAAUGCUAAAUAGUAAUGGGCAAUUGCUAGUUGUGAUUAUAUUAAUAUAUAUUUGCUAAAUAAUAUGGAACUAAAAGAAGAAUAAAACUAAAAACUAAAUUUU